AUGGAGAACAAAAUUCUUACAGUACAAGACCUUCUGUUUAAACUGCAAGCGAAAAACUCAGUGUUUACAAUACUCGGGGUAAUUAUCAUGACCAUAUAUACAGAGACUAUAUAUGUGAAAGAGCUUUCAAUGAGCGCAUUACUUAACAACCCUUCAUCUCUUAAAUUUUUUCGAUUGCUUAUUCGAGAAUUAGAAAUCAAUUACGUAUUAUGGAAGCCUGAUAAGUGUUCGUUCUGGAUUUAUUGCGAUUGCUCCAAAAGCAAUGGUGUUCAUAGAUUAUGGCUGUUGAUAUAUACAGGAGAUUGGGUAAAGAAACCGCAACGUGUUGGUAUUCAUAUCACAUCUCAAAAGCUCACGGCCGCUGGACACCAAAUCAAAAGCAUUAUACUGAAAAUGUUGAAGCUCUUGAACCGAUAA